AUGAAAAGAAAAGAUUGGUGUGUCUUUCGCGUUGUUCUCCCGGGGGGGGGGGGGGGAGGAGGAGGAGGAAAGCAAAGAUACGUAGUUCGCAGGGACGCGGGAUCACCCUACAAAAGCUUCUUCCUUUACGUGGAGGAGGUCCACAAGACGUCCGUCGUCUACCCCCUGAGAUACGUCAACGACCCCCCGAGCAAACACUCCGCACAAAUUGUCACUUACACGCGGAGGGAAACAAAGGGGAAGAAUUUAAAGCAAUUUUGCGAAGAGAAGAAAAAUCUCCACCAGAAUUUGGAGAUGACGGACGGGGAGGAGGCAGUCGUCCUUACCCUGAAGUGCCUAAAGAAAAGCAAAAGAAAGUACCACGCCUUUUUCGUGCAAAGGGGGUCGAGCUCCUUCCUCAUUAACAUUACCCUACAAGAAUUUAAUCUGUAUGAUGAGUUUUUCCUAAGGCGAAAUGACAAGUCCGCGCUGGAGAGAAGGACCUACCUGCUGGACCCCUCGAACAGUGAAAUUGAUGACGAGGUAUUCAAUGUGAGACUGAAGUUCCUCGCGGAGAGGACGCACCGGGGAGAUUCCAUUGAGGGGGACUACCUCUUCCUCGAUUCGGACGUGUUUAAAAGAAGGGUGGUGUUGGAUGACUCCUUCGCAGACGAGGAGGUGCUGGAGAACGGACUCAUCGUGAGCGCGGACCACGUGGACGAGAAGGGCGCCGAAUGUAACAAAAUCACGGAGUACCCAAGGGUGUGGGAGGAGAGAAGGGGCUUCUGCCAGAAUGGGAAGAGCCACUGCCUCAAGGGGCAGCUCGCCCACUUUGCCAGCUUGGAGGGGAAGCUAGACGGGAAGAAGCGGCUGCGCCAUAAUUACUCCUUUUUCAUGAGGAGGAAGGCCCGCUUGGGGGGGGAGGCAAUCCGCUCAAGUGAGGAGAGCCACGCGAGUGAGGAGAACCGCUCAACUGAGGCAAACCGCGCAACUGCCGCCAACCGCUCAACUGCUGCCACCCCCCCGCGGGACCUCGAGGGGGACUACCACCUGGGCCUGCAAAAGCGCGCGCACAACUUUGCGGUGAUAAGUUCCCACGCCGGGGAGGGCCUACAGAUAACACACGAGGAAGACCUCCACGGAGAGUCCGUCUCCCUGGUGCACCUCCUGAGCAACUGCUACGACUUUAACAAUGAAGUAGACCCAUCCUGCUCGGUUUACAUAAGCAUAUGGAAUGCAGAGGGGGUAGAGAAGGACGUGAGUGUCUCGAUUGAGUGCUCGAAGAGGAUCGUGGCCGAUGAGAGUACCCUCAGGAGGAGAGUCGCGUUGGCGCAGAAGGGGGAGAGCAGCGUGGUGAUCACGUUUAAGCCAAUCGCGGAUUUGCUAGUCACCCCCUGCAGGGUGGUGGUGCAGCGCCAGGAGCGCCCCGCGGAGCUGCGCCCGCAGAAGGGGAACAUCCGGGGGGAAACGCCGCCGAACAAAGCGAACCAGCCGCAUGAGCCGAACGAGCAGUACUUCGCGUUUUCCCUCGGGAGCCACUCUGAAACGGAGGAAGCGCCAGGGAAAACGCCAGGGAGAGUCAUUUGGGACAGCCCCCUCCAGUUUGAUGAGGUCCCUGGGGAUGUUAUAGAGUUGCACAAAAGAAGGCUCCAGCUGCUGGAAGAGGAAGACGACGGUGCUGCUGGCAGAGGAGGGGGAGCCCUGCGGGAAUACACAAGGAGAAUGGCAAAUUACUUUAUGGGAUGUCAAACAGGAGUGCAAGUGUUUCUCCUCCUCCUCUGUAUCAUCCUAGUGGUCAUCUUCAUCAUCCCUAGCGUGCACCCACUUAAUGGGUUCCUCCUCAAAAGGAAGUGGUUCUACACGUUGAAGAAGAUCCGAAUCCUAGCCAUUUGGAAGGUGCAGGACGUGUGUCUCUUUCUCUUUAGGAGAGUGAAAGGAACCAUUAAGAUGCUCAAGUUUAUCCUUGUGAAGGUGUGCAGGGGGAGACGUAAGCGGAGGAACGAGCGGGGCCUCAUCGGAGAGGCCUACCUGCAUAAACAGACCCGCAGGAGAAAGAGGGACGAAAAAAGGAGAAAGAAAAAGAUAAAGGGGGAGAAGCUGAAGAGGGAGCAGGAGGAGCUGCGGAGACGGAGGCACAGACGGUUGAGGCUCCACGAGGAGCAGUGUAGGGGGGGGCGAAGACAUAGGGACCGCCACGGGAGGGGCCACUCCAAGGGGGGGGAUUCUUCCAAAGCAGCGUCUGCCUCUUCCGCUGCGGCGUCUGUCUCUUCUUCCACAUCGUCCGCCUCUUCCGCCGCAGAACGGGGGAGGAAAAAGGAGAGAGCACGGCAUGCAAGCAGAAGGGGCGAAGGGGGGAAGACACACAGGGAAGGUACUCCCCCCAGUGGAGAUCAGGAGAGGCAUCACCGCGCGGGUGGAAAGGCAGCCACGAGUCGCUCCCCAAAGGGGGUUGCGGAGUGAAACGUGAGAAAG